AUGAAUAAAAUUUUAUUAUUUAUUUUACAUAUUGCUUUAUUAGCUGCUUCAGUUGCCUCAUUCUCAACAUCAUCAUCGUCUUCACAAAAUCCAACUUACCUAUAUUCAGUCUCCACAACAACUGAUAGUCAAAAUCAAUUAGUUGUUCUCGACCCAAUUAAUUAUGAUGUUAUUCACAAUUUCACUAUCCACAAUUUAUUCUAUCAAGUUUAUGAUAUUUUAUCUUUAGAUACUACAACCGGGGAAUUACUUUUAUUAUGCGGUAAUUCAAAUUACUUUGUUUUGAUUUCAGUCUCUCCAAAUUCACCAAAAUACACUCAAUUAAGUGAAGUAGCUAUUGACUAUAGCUAUAACUAUGCUAUUCAAAGUUUUAUAUAUAUUGCUGAUCUUAAGACUGCUACCAUUCCAGCUCAAGUUAGUGUUAAUGGAGAGUACUCUAACUUCCUCAUGGCUACUGAAUUCUCCACACAACAAGUACAACUUUUUAACUUAACCCAUCUUCAAUAUGCUCCAUAUACAAUUCAAGGUUAUGACUAUAUCAAUAAUAUUGACUACAUUGCAUACUUGAAUAUGAAUGGUAGCUUCCACAUGAUGUCAUUCGAUUUCUCCAAGCCAGCUGAAACUGCCAAGUACUACUACGAUAUUUCAAACUUCAAUAUGACCUACAUGAUCUUUGCCGAUCCAUCAGGAAAUGUUUAUUUCUUAAACCAACAAUACAAAAACUCCUCAGAUCCAAAUGGCUACUUUGAUAUCUGUAGAGUUACUCUCAGUGACACCUCAUCAUGCGGUCCAUCACUUUACACCGUCUAUCUCGGUAACAUAGCAGAUUACUCCUAUAUCCCAUAUGUCCAAAGUAAGGAUAGAUCUACCCUUUUGUUCAUUAUUAAUCAAGCUCCAGGUCAAUUUGGCCACACCGAUAAUAUACUUUUAACAUAUGUCCAAUUAAAUGGUGACUCUGUUAUAGCUACUAAUGUAACCAUUCCAAAUGAUGAUCCAUCAGGUGACAAUUUCUCAAAUAGAGUCUAUGCUUUUUAA